AUGCUUCAACGUGAAAGUGACGUUUUGAUUAAUGAGUGUGAUCCUCCAUGCUUGUUGUCCUCUGUUUCGGCCGAAGUUAAGAGCUGUGAUGCCUACAUUGGCCUUUGUGAGGAUGACCCCUCUCUUCUCCGGUUCGUGAACUGGCUCCAGGCAGAGCUGCAGCUUCAUGGGGUAAUCUGCUUCAUCUCAGAUAGAAGCAGCUACAGAGAUGCCCAUGCUCACUGCUUGGCCAAGGAUGUUAUGGAUUCUGCAACCCUCGGAAUCGUCUUGGUCACCCCAAAGACCUUCUCCAGCCCUUACGGCAUGGAGGAGCUCAAAGUAUUCCUAGGGAGGGGUAAUUUGGUAGCUAUCCUCUUUGGGUUGAGCCAGGAAGAGUGCCUGGCGAGGGACAUCAUUGAGAGGAGAGGGGAUCUUUGGCAGAAUGAUGGUGGGUUUCUCUGGCAAAGCUAUGGAGGACUGGAGCAAGAUUGGAAGGAAACAGUGAACAAGCUCUCAACCGUUGAAUUCAGGCUUUUUGCUCAGAAGAACAAUUGGAGGGAUUGUAUCUUGGAUUCUGUUGCCCUAGUUGGGAAGAGGCUUGGGAAGAGCGAAAUCACGGAGAAAGUGAGGAGCUGGAAGGAAUCUGUGGUGGGUGUUGAGUAUCCAUUCCCUCGGAAUGAGAGUUUUGUUGGUAGGGAGAAAGAGCUUUUGGAGCUUGAGCUAGCUUUGUUCGGAAAUAUUGAAGGUAACGAAUAUUUAGAAACGAGGUCCAGAAGGAGUUUUACAGCGACGUUUAACGGUGGCAGGCCGUCUGUAGAUUCAAAGUCAAAGGAUAGGGGGCGUAUUCUUGCAGAGAAAUCUAAUGAUGAUACGGAAAUGGAAGACACAAAUGCAGAUACCAUAUUUUUUCCUUCGAGGGGAAAGAAAGCUGAUGACCCAAGUCUGAAGAUAACAUCCAGAUGUGAGCUUUCUGAGAAGGGGAUUGCCUGUAUCAGUGGGGAGUCAGGCAUUGGCAAGACUGAGUUGGCACUGGAAUUUGCAUACAGAUUCGCACAGAGGUACAAGAUGGUCCUCUGGGUAGGGGGUGAGGCAAGAUAUCUUUGUCAGAAUUAUUUGAAUCUACUUUCCUUUUUGGGGAUCGAUAAUUCAAUUCUCUUCGAAGAUAAUGAAUCAACGAGUCUUGAGAAUCUUGAAGAACAAUCUAUUUCCAGAGUUCGCAAGGAGCUCAUGAGAGAUAUCCCCUACCUACUUAUCAUUGAUAACUUGGAAAGUGAUAAGGAGUGGUGGUACGAGAGGAAUAUAAUUGAUAUUCUCCCUCCUCUUGGCGGUGCGACACAUGUAAUCAUCUCCACUCGAAUGCCGCAUGUAAUGAAUAUUAAUCCCAUCAGACUAUUGUAUUUAUCUGCUGCUGAAGCCUUGGGACUGAUGAAGGGGAGCAUAGGAGAUUUGCCAGUAGAAGAGAUUUCUGCGCUCAGAUUCCUUGAAGAGAAAGUCGGUAGAGUGCCCAUGGGACUUGCAAUUGUUCGGGCUGUCUUAUCUGAGAUUUCUAUCAGCCCAACAAAACUCCUUGAUGCCAUUAAACAUAUCCCUCAUAGAAACUUAACCUGGGUUGAUCGACAAGAUCCAAUAUUGAUGUAUAAUCGGGGCAUGGUUCAACUUUUCGAUGUUUGCUUAGCUUUAUUUGAUCUCUUUGGUGAACAUGGCUAUCUUGCAUCCAGAAUGGUUCAAGCAUGUGGUUGGUUUUCUCCUUCACCCAUCCCGAUUCCUCUCUUGGCUGCAGCUGCCUCAACUAUUUCUCGUGAGAAUGACAAUCACAAUUACAGUUGGAAGAGGUGGUUAUGUGCCAUUCCUUGCGUUAGAAUAUCUCAUAACGAGCAGUUAGAAGCUAAGGCUACAGAGAUGCUGGUUCGGCUUCGGGUUGCUAGAGUUAGCACCAGAAGUGGAUUCAUCUAUUUUCACGACAUAAUCAAGCUGUAUAUGAGAAAACGAGGAAAUUUUGCUACUGCCCGUUCUAUGGUUCAUGUUAUUAUGCAGUAUGGAUCUCCACGUUAUCACUCCGAGCACAUAUGGGCAGCAUCCUUCCUCUUAUUUAAUUUUGGCUCGGAUCCGGUUGUAAUUUCUUUGGAAGUUCCUGAAUUGCUAGAUUUCAUUAGGAAAUGCGUUCUUCCUCUAGCUUGGGAUACAUAUGCUGUCUAUUUUAGAUUUGGUGCUGCUUUAGAGCUUUUGUACCAAGCCAUGAAAGCUUUGGAAGCAGCAAAGGUUGGUCAAUUCUUGGAGGAAGAUUCAUUGGAAUGGGUUCCACGUUGGAGAACCUCCAAAGGGAGACCAUCGAAGAAAUCAGACCCUCAUCUUCACAAACAAUUAGCUUCAGUGGAAGCCACUCUCCUUGAGACGUUCUUCAAGAUGAUGCAUAGAGGUCCAAUGAAGAACACAUAA